AUGGCUGCCGCGGUGGUGGCUGUUCUGUCUCCCGCGGUUUCCACCUGUGAACCACUGUCGGCUGCGGCAGUGGGGGCAGGGGCCGAGGUCGAGCCUCCUGCCAUUGGAACCUCAAUAUCACCACCACCAUCGCCACCACCUUCUGGUUUGCCUACAGCCAAAGUAUCAGGAACUGUAUACGCAAACGUUGCCGCCACCACUAUUAUUAUUAAUAAUAACAAUAUCACUUCGGCUCGAGGAGUUAAGCCGAAUUCUUCAUCCCCUAAUGCCAUUGCUGCAUCCACCGUCUCCUCCUCUUCCAUCUCCACCGCCGACUCAUCGUCCUCCUUCGCAUCCCUGAUUACUCCUUACAAGAACACCUGUGAACAAGACACAAGAAAAACUAAACACUUAAAGAUUCCAACCACAGUUACAACCAACAGUAUUUCAUCGCCGUCAUCAACCCUUAACAGAACUGUUAUCAAAACCACUUCUUCGAUUACGGUCUGUUCUGCCAAUGACGGCACGGAGAGAGCUAAUACUACCAUUUGUCCAGGUUCAAUCCCUACUUUUACUACUACUACUACUACUACUGCAAAGGCCGGUGCUACUAUCAGAGCGACGGCACCACCGCCGCCUUCUGCUCCCACGAUUACAACAACAACAACUACAACAACAUCGAUCAUUACUACAUCUGUGGUCGCAUCUUGUAAUAACUACAGUAGAAAUAGCCAUUGCAACAACAACAACAACAAAAAGAACAGUAGUGGUAGUAGUAGUAGUUGCAGUAACAAUCAAAGCUUUAUUAGCACCAAAACUACCAAUUCGACAUCUAUUAUUAGUACGACUUUAAAAGCAAAUGGUAUUGUUGUUUCUAGGUAUCCGUCCCUGGAUAUUAGCGGGAGUCCCUCAACCCCUCGGAUUACUGAUGGUAAUAAGGACUGUCUUCAUACCCCGGCAUCUAUUGUCACAACAAUGGGCCCUGAAGAAGAAGAGGGAUAUCCUGAAGUCAUUUCAAACCCAAACGACGGCACCAGUGUUAUUAUUGUUACUAGUAUUGCUUCUACUAACCCGUCAUCCACUGUUAUCUCGACCAACGUACGUGGUACCACCACAGUCGCCGACAACUACAGUCAGGACAACGAAACCCAGGGUGGGGAAGAAACAGAUUCCAUACAGACCCACCGUCAUCACCGGCCACAACAAAAUCACGCAACGACGCCGUCGUCUCCACCACCCGAAAAAACAAAGCGAACACCACCACCAGCCUUGGUACUUGGACCUCCACCGCCGCCCACGACGACAACGCGAAAGAAUAAAAGAAAAUUAAGUGAACCGCGCAAAAGAACAGAUUUUAGCAUCAAGCGAUUCUGUUCGGAUAACGACGGAAGCGAUGCUAAUUACGAGGAGGAGGAUAUUUUGCCAGAGAAGCAAGGGACGUCACUCCUGCUCGGGUCGGUGCAGGAAACCAGCAGGGUUGACUGUGGGAAUAACAGGGUUCGGCUGAUCGAUGAAACACUUUACGACAGGGUCGAAGAAGGCCGCCAACCUUUGCUAAGCCAACGUUCCCGACCCCCUGUUCAACUUGGCCACACUUCAACACGAACUCUUUUAGAUACGGACAUGUAUUGCCGCCCACUGGGGCGGAUAACCCCAACCACAGCCGACCAACCCCUGCUCGAGUCUUGCACGGUAAGAGGCGAUAUCUGUUCGUCCUCACCAACGUCCUUACAGCUUUAUCAUCGGCGAUCACGUGAAGACGAAGAAAAGGAAGAUGACGACGCGGACGAUGACGACGAUGACGACGAUGCAGACGACGACGACGACGACGACGAUGACGACGACGACGACGACGACGACGAGGUUGAAGAUCUUGACGAAGAUCUUGACCCGGACGAUAUUAACGAGGAGGUUGUCAACGGGACUUCCCCUCCUUCCCAACUUCGGCCAUUCCGCGUGCCUCACUCUCAGCACCGUCGCAACCGUCGUGUUUCUGACGGAGGGGCGGCCAGAGAUGAGGCAGGGAACCUAAAAAAUAAUCGGGGUAGCCGAACCGGCGUGAUACGCAACCACGAAUUAAAUACUUCACGCCAUCCGGUGUCGACAGCAGUGGUUACAACGAGUAGCACUGAAACGGUCAGCUCUGGAAGGGAGCCUUCCGCAAACGUUCCGAUCUCCAGCGCCCAUACUGCUGCUGCUGCUGCUGCUGCUGUCGUUGUUCCAGGUUCAUUAUCUCCCCUUUCGUCCAUACCUCCUCCCCCGCCGCCUUUACCUCCAUUGACUUCGCACUUGAACGGUUUUGUCCACCACCACCAUCAUCAUCAUAAUCAUCAUCUUCAUAACCAGCACAUUCACGGCGGGGUUGAGGGAGUUGUCGACGGUUUUAAGCCUUCAGGUGGUGUUGGGUUAAACAGUGGUGGUGGAGGCAAGAAACCCCGGAAAAACUACAAGAACAUGACACGUGAAAGGAGGAUUGAAGCGAAUGCUCGGGAACGAUCCCGGGUUCAUACGAUCAGCGCUGCUUUCGAAAAUCUCAGGAGGGCUGUACCUUCUUAUUCGUGCAAUCAAAAGCUUUCUAAGUUGGCUAUUCUCCGAAUUGCUUGUUGUUACAUUCUCGCGUUGGCCCGACUGGCAGACAUGGAUUACUCAGAGGAACAGAGCGCCAUGUCGUUCGCCGAAUGCGUGGAUCUAUGUACAAAAACAAUCCAGACAGAAGGUAGAGCGCGAAGAAGACAUUGA